AUGGAAUCUUCUUGCUGUGGAACUAGUUCAAACUAAACAUAGGGUUGUUGCCCAAAUGGCUGCACAUGCACUGACUGCAAGUGUGGUCCCAACUGCUCCUCAUCUGCUUAGAAUAAAGCUGAUGCCGCUGGAUGCUGUGCCAACGGAUGUACCUGUGUUGAUUGCAAAUGUGGUGCUAAAUGCUCAAAGAAUCAAGUUGCUAGAGUUAGAAAACCAGCACCAUAAUUUGAGGCUGUAGCAUGGUUCAAUGGCUUCAAGAAAGUUAAGCUAUCAGAUUAUGCUGGUAAAUACGUUGUGCUUUUCUUCUGGCCACUUGACUUUACCUUCGUUUGCCCAACUGAAAUCGUUCAAUUUGCUGACAGAGCAAAGGAAUUCAGAGAGUUCGGAUGCGAAGUCCUUGGAUGCUCAAUUGAUUCUCAAUUCGUUCACAUGGAAUACACCAAAAAGGACAGAAAGAAGGGAGGUCUUGGCAAGAUGGACAUCCCACUUAUUGCUGAUGUUACCAAGGAUAUUGCUAGAAGAUAUGGAUGCCUCAUUGAAGAUGGUGAUGAUGCUGGUGUAGCAUUCAGAGCAACCUACAUUAUUGAUAAGACCCAAACAGUUAGACACAUUAGCAUUAGUGAUCUCCCAGUUGGAAGAAACGUUGAUGAGACAAUCAGACUCGUUAAAGCUUUCCAAUACACUGAUGAGUUCGGUGAAGUCUGCCCAGCUCAAUGGACUCCAGGCAAAAAGACCAUGCACGCCGAUGCAGACAGUGAGAAGACCCAACAAUACUGGGAGCAAGAACACGGAAAAGAAUGA